GGUUGGGGGGGCGGGGCCGGACGGCUCGGUUCUCGCCCGGCUCUGGGGCGGGGGGAAGGGGCCGGACGCCUGGGUUCUCUCCUGGCUCUGGGCCCCCCAUGGCCCAGGCCGAGCCGGUCCCGCGCCUGACCCCCGACAUGGUCACUCGCUGCCAGCUGGCGGCCGUCCGGGGGGUCCCGCUGCCCAGCGACACGGCGCAGCUGUGGGGGCGGAUAUGGGGCUUCCAGGCCCGGCCCGACGACCUCCUGAUCUGCACCUACCCCAAGGCGGGCACCACGUGGAUUCAGGAGAUCGUGGACAUGAUCCAGCAGGACGGGGACCCCCAGAAGUGCUCCCGCGCCCCCAUUUACCAGCGCAUCCCCUUUCUGGAGCUCUGCCCGCCCCACCCCCUCCCAUCUGGGUUUGAAGAGGCUGCGGCGAUGCCUCCCCCACGGACCCUGAAAACCCACCUGCCCCUGGAGCUGGUGCCCCCCUCCUUCUGGGAGCAGGAUUGUAAGGUGAUCUACGUGGCCCGUAACCCCAAGGACAGCGCCGUCUCCUAUUUCCAUUUCCAGCGGAUGAACCAGGGGCUCCCGGACCCGGGCAGCUGGGACCAGUAUCUAGAGACCUUUCUGGCUGGGAGAGUGCCUUGGGGCUCCUGGUUCGACCACGUCCGCGCCUGGUGGGACGCGAGGGACAAGCACCGAAUUCUCUACCUCUUCUACGAAGAUAUCAAGAAGGACCCGAGAGGUGAGAUCCAGAAGGUGGGUCGGUUCUUGGGCCGGGAGUUGCCGGAGCCGGUUCUGGAGACGAUCGUCGGGCACACGUCAUUCGAGAGCAUGAGGGAGAACCCCAUGGCCAACUACAGCACGCUGCCCACCUUCGUCAUGGACCAGGCCGUGUCCUGCUUCAUACGCAAAGGCUUGGUGGGCGACUGGACGACCCAGUUCACGGUGGCGCAGAGCGAGCGAUUCGACGCCGAAUGGGCCCGGCGGCUGGAGGGGAGUGACCUGCGUUUCUGCACCCGGCUCUGAGGGGGCAGCGGGGGCCCCCCGGCCCGGCCCCUCCCCAGUGACGCUCAUGCGGUGGGUCGGGCCCCCACGUGGCCGGGCCCCCCCCAGGACAGCGACGGUUGUUCCCCUGCAAUAAACAAUGACACAGAA